AUGCAGGCCGCCGCACAAGAAGAAGCGGCCGCCGCUCUGGCAAGCAUCGUACCCGAGACACAACUACACACCGAGACGUAUCAGUUUCCCGCAGAAAGGCUGCGGCGGAGGCAGAUGCACGCGGACAGAAUUCCUCUCGUCCUCGUUGCCUGCGGUUCGUUCAGCCCUCUGACCUUCCUCCACCUGCGCAUGUUCGAGAUGGCAUCCGACUAUGCCAAGACCAACACCAAGUUCGAAAUCAUUGGCGGUUUCCUUUCCCCCGUGUCCUCUGCCUAUAAGAAGCUGGGCCUGGCGGCCGCCAAGCACCGAAUACACAUGUGCACCCUCGCUGCAGAGAAGACGUCUGACUGGGUGACUUGCGACCCCUGGGAGGCUAUCCAACCCGAGUACGUCCCCACCGCUCAAGUGCUGGAUCACUUCGACCACGAGAUAAACACCGUCAUCGGCGGAUGCGAGGAUGUCCACGGCAACAAGCAGCCAGUCCGGAUCGCCCUGCUGGCUGGCGCAGACCUCAUCCAGACCAUGAGCACCCCCGGAGUGUGGUCCGAGAAGGAUCUGGACCAUAUCCUGGGCAAUUUUGGAGCCUUCAUUAUUGAAAGAACUGGCACGGAUAUCGACGAGGCAUUGGCAGGCCUCAAGCAGUAUCAGGAGAAGAUACAUGUUAUCCCACAGGUUAUUCAGAACGACGUAUCUAGCACAAAGGUGCGGCUGAUGAGGAAAAGGGACCUGUCUCUCCGGUAUAUCGUACCAGAACCGGUCAUCGAAUACAUCCAACAAAACAACCUCUAUCAAGAAUAA